CCCGUCUACUCCAGCAUCAGUCCCGGGCUGCCUAGUUGUUUUCUUCACGAAAACUUGCUCACUUCUUCUUGAAUGCUGUAUUUGGGACGGUUGCCCCAAAUUGCCAAGCAAUAUCAAACUCUUUGCAGAAUUGCGAUUCCAAUUCUUCAGAUUCUUCUGUAACUAGUUCUGGAUUAAGUCCUUCGUCGCCAAAACAAAUAGCAAAGUUAAAAACGAGAAAAAAGAAAAUCGUAACUUUUCUUAAACUGGGAAUUACUAUGAAGAGACAAUGAGCGGGAACGAAUUCCGCUUCUUCUUAUCAUGCGACAUCAAUCUUCCCGUCACUUUUCGAAUCGAACGGUUGGAAGGGAAAUUGCCCUCUUCCAGAAACCCCGAUUCAGCUGAUGUUGAUUCAACUUUAGAGGAAGGAAGGCCUGAGCUGUAUGUUGAGUGUACAUUGUAUCUUGAUGGAGCUCCAUUCGGACUUCCCAUGAGAACUAGACUGGAAACAAAAGGCCCAUCGUAUUGCUGGAAUGAGCUUAUAACAUUGAGCACGAAAUAUCGGGACUUGACUGCUAAUUCACAACUUGCAUUCACUGUUUGGGAUGUUUCACGUGGCAAGAGUGAAGGAGUGAUUGGUGGGGCUACCAUACAUCUAUUUAACAUGAAAAAACAACUAAAGACAGGGAAGCAUAAGCUCAGGCUGUGGCUCGGAAAGGAAGCAGAUGGAUCUGUCCAUACAAGUACUCCUGGAAAGGUUCCGAAGGAGGAACGUGGAGAGUUGGAGCGAUUGGAAAAGCUUGUAAAUAAGUAUGAGAGGGGACAAAUUCAACGGGUUGAUUGGCUGGACCGGCUUGCAUUUCCAGCUAUGGAGAAAAUUAAGGAGCGAGAGAACAGUAAAAAUGGAAGUUCUCAUGUAUAUUUGGUCAUUGAUUUUUGUAGUUUCGAACAUCGAGUUGUCUUUCAGGAAUCAGGGGCAAAUUUCUUGAUACCAUCUCCUAUAGCUUCAACAAAUGAACUGGUUACUGUAUGGGAUCCGGAAGUGGGGAAGAUUAAUCCUUCUGAGCACAAGCAACUAAAGCUUGCAAGGAGUCUAAACCGCGGCAUCAUUGAUAGGGAUCUAAAACCAAGCAUUACAGAGAGGAAGUCGAUACAAAGAAUAUUAAAGUACCCUCCAACAAGGACUUUGAGUGGAGAUGAAAGGCAGCUCCUUUGGAAAUUUCGUUUUUCGUUGAUGUCCGAGAAGAGAGCUCUUACAAAAUUUCUGCGGUGUGUUGAGUGGAGUGAUGUACAGGAAGCAAAGCAGGCAUUGGAACUGAUGGGAAAGUGGGAACCAAUUGAUGUCUGUGAUGCAUUGGAGCUUCUGUCUCCUGUGUUCGAAAGUGAAGAGGUCCGUGCAUAUGCUGUCAGUGUACUUAAAAGAGCCGAUGAUGAUGAGCUCCAGUGCUACCUGCUUCAAUUGGUUCAAGCUCUUCGGUUUGAGCGUUCUGAUAAAUCUCGCUUAUCCCAUUUCCUUGUGCAACGGUCAUUGCGCAAUAUUGAGCUGGCUAGCUUCCUCCGCUGGUAUGUUGCUGUGGAACUUCAUGAUCCUGCAUAUGCAAAACGUUUCUAUUGUACCUAUGAGAUUUUGGAAGAAAGUAUGCUCAAGUUGGGAGUAGUUGCAAAUGGAGAUGAAGAUGGUUUCAAGUUGUGGCAGAGCUUGGUUCGCCAGACAGAAUUGACUGCCCAAUUAUGCUCCAUAAUGAGAGAUGUUAGGAAUGUCCGUGGAGGUACACAGAAGAAGAUUGAAAAACUCAGACAUCUUUUAUCCGGCCUUCUUAGUGAGCUCACCUACUUUGACGAGCCAAUACGAUCACCACUGGCUCCUGGAGUCCUCAUUUCAGGGAUUAUACCAUCAGAAUCAUCAAUAUUCAAAAGUGCGUUGCACCCAUUGCGUCUGGCUUUUCGAACAACAAAUGGUGGGAUUUGUAAGAUAAUAUUUAAGAAAGGCGAUGAUCUUCGGCAAGACCAGUUGGUCAUCCAAAUGGUAACACUUAUGGAUCGUCUGCUUAAGCUGGAGAAUCUUGAUCUGCAUUUGACCCCAUACAGAGUUUUAGCAACCGGACAUGAUGAAGGCAUGAUGGAGUUUAUACCAUCCAAAUCUUUGGCACAGAUUCUUUCAGAGCACCGUAGUAUCAUAAGCUACCUUCAAAAGUUCCAUCCAGAUGAGGAUGGACCAUUUGGGAUUACUGCAACAUGUCUUGAAACAUUCAUUAAAAGUUGUGCUGGUUAUUCAGUCAUCACAUACAUUUUAGGCAUUGGAGAUAGGCACUUGGAUAACCUUCUGCUUAGAGAUGAUGGUCGCCUAUUGCAUGUUGAUUUUGGUUUCAUUCUAGGUCGGGAUCCAAAACCCUUUCCACCACCCAUGAAACUUUGCAAAGAAAUGGUUGAGGCUAUGGGAGGAGCUGAGAGUCAAUACUAUACGAGGUUCAAAUCAUACUGUUGUGAAGCAUACAAUAUUCUCCGGAAAUCAAGCAACCUUAUACUGAAUCUGUUUCACCUGAUGGCGGGUUCCAAUAUUCCUGACAUAGCUUGUGAUCCUGAAAAAGGCAUUCUAAAGCUUCAAGAGAAGUUUCGGCUGGACUUGGAUGAUGAGGAGUGCAUUCACUUUUUCCAGGAUCUCAUAAAUGAGAGUGUUAGUGCAUUAUUCCCCCAAAUGGUCGAGACCAUACACCGUUGGGCUCAGUAUUGGCGCUGAUUGGGCAAGCACCAUAAUAAGACGGAAAAUUGCCGUUCCAUCUUGUUAUCAGCACCAUGCCAUGUUCGGUCGGAAUGGUCACCCGUGUGUGUGUGUGUGUGUUUGUGUAUAUAUAUAUAUAUACACACGCAUACAUGUCAGUUAAAACCAGGAUCUUUUGAUUUGCUCAGGGACAGAACCAUAUGGUGUAGUAGUUUCUAAUCUUGCAAACAUAUUUAUUAAUUGUUGUAGACGGGCGGGAAUUUUGUGGUCAAUGAAAUAGACCCAUAUGGUAUGGUAUGGUA